AGAUUUUGGCUGGUGAGAAACGACUAUGAUCCUCAUGUUGUGGCACAAAAUCCAGUGCAGAAAAUGAUGAUGAUGAUGAUGACAGCACACGCCUCUCCAUCCGACUGCCCGCUCUCCGCCCUCGCUGGUAGGAGCGGGGCGCGUCCACACGCUCCUCCUCUCUAAAUUGCCGCUGUAGCCUUCGCUUUCCAUCUUCCAUCACAGGAUCGCGGACAGAAUGGAGGCCCUGCUGAACGAGUGGCUGUGGCGGGAGGAGUUCUGGAUUCCUCCUGGGAAUCACUGGAAAGACAUGGAGAUGAAGGAAGGAGAGGGCCACUUUCCUCUACCCAGGGAUCUCAUGUACACCUUGCCACUAGCUCUGAUCUUUAUAGCCCUCAGAUAUAUCUUUGAGAGGGUCAUUGCCAUCCCCCUAAGCAAAGUCUUAGGUGUGAAGGAUCGGAAUCGGAUUCGAGCCCCUUCCAUCCCAAAGCUGGAGGCUUUCUAUAAACAGCACAGCCAGCAGCCAUCGCAGAGUGAAGUGGUGGGCCUGGGAAAGCAGUGUGGACUCUCGCAGAGAAAGAUCCAGACCUGGUUUAGACACAGAAGAAACCAGGACAGACCCAGCAACACCAAAAAAUUCUGCGAGGCCUCCUGGCGCUUUGUGUUCUACCUCACAUCGUUCAUAGCAGGGCUCGGCUCUUUAAUUGAUACGCCGUGGUUCUGGGACCAGAGCGAGUGCUGGAGGGGUUAUCCCAAACAGCCUGUGUCUGAGGCUCAUUACUGGUAUUACAUGUUGGAGAUGGGCUUCUAUUUGUCGCUGCUCCUGAGCGUCUCUGUGGAUGUGAAGCGAAAAGAUUUCAAGGAGCAGGUGGUUCAUCACAUUGCCACCAUAUUUCUCAUCGGUUUCUCCUACAUCGCCAACUAUGUGAGGGUGGGCACUUUGGUGAUGCUGGUUCACGACUCUUCCGACAUUAUUCUCGAGGUGGGUAAGAUGCUGCACUACGCGCUGUGGACGACGACAUGCGACUUCCUGUUUGUCCUCUUUGCUCUGGUGUUCCUCGUCACGAGGCUCUAUGUUUUUCCAAGCAGGAUCAUCCACACCACCCUGAUCGUUUCAAUGGAGUUCUUCGAGCCCUUCUUUGGUUAUUAUUUCUUCAACGCUCUUCUGUUCGUGCUACAAGCGCUGCACGUCUACUGGGCCUAUCUCAUCCUGCGCAUGGUCUACAGGUUUGCCUUCGUGGGCAAGAUCGAGGGUGAUGUUCGCAGCGAUGAGGAGAGUCCGGUUGAUGACAAUGAUGAAGAGGAAGAUGGGGGUGAGUGCAGCUGGGAGCAGAGGAAGGAUGCGAUUAACUCCAGACUGGCAUCGCUGGCUAACAACUGCGUCCUGAACAACCUGACCAACCAGACAAAUAUAAACAGCAGAGUACCCAAAACCAGAUAGUGGAGCGGCUUCACAUCGAGUCCGCAGCUUCGCAGGAAAAAGAAAUCCUAAUCCCUUCUGCUUCCAUGUCUCCAACGAGGUCCGUUGAUGAUUUCGGGUCAGGGUAGGUUUGCACAGAUGAUUGUAGAUCCACCGAAUGUGACAUCAGGAAGAAACGCCACUGCUCAUAACACUAAUAUCAAAAAUCAUAUAAAAAUACAUAUGAUGGGAGCGUGUGAUCACUGCGUGAGUGUGCUGCAGGUUUUUUAUUGAUGCUGUUUCUGGUCCCUGGAUUAUAAAAACGUGUAAAUAUUAAGAACAGCGUUUUAGUUCAUCUUUGCUUUUUUUGAGUGAGAGGUUAAAAAAUAUUGUUUGUAUUAAAACAAAUUAACUCUUGUGUAUAAUGUGGUGUAAUCUAUUUUAAAUGGAACAAACUACUCUGACUGAUUUGUCCACAUGGCUGCUCAUGCAUACAGUUCUGAUUGUAGUAAAUCUGUUGAUAAAUCACUUUAUAGGCUGUUUUUAUUCAUUAUUCACUGUAUUCUGUAUUUGAAUCCCUCUUAUGAUUAAAGAAGUUGUAUUUUUCUGCGA